UUCUAAAACAAAGUUUAAAAUAACACCUGUGUGUUCUCUUCUAUUUUCUUUAUCUAAAUUAUGGCUGCAAGAAGGAACCAAACCAGCCCCGUCGGAAGCCCCACCUCCGGGAACAUCUCCGACAGCUCUUCCAAAGAGCAAGAUCGUUUCCUUCCCAUCGCUAACGUUAGUCGUAUCAUGAAGAAAUCCCUCCCUGCAAAUGCGAAAAUAUCCAAAGAAGCUAAAGAAACUGUUCAAGAAUGCGUCUCUGAGUUCAUAAGCUUCAUCACCGGUGAAGCUUCCGAUAAGUGCCAAAAGGAGAAGAGGAAGACCAUAAAUGGCGAUGAUCUUUUGUGGGCUAUGACCACACUGGGUUUUGAGAAUUAUGUUGGACCCUUGAAGGUUUAUCUUAACAAGUAUAGAGAAACUGAAGGAGAGAAAAAUUCCAUGGCUAGACAAGAAGAUCACCAGUCUCCUCCUCCAGCAGCCGCCGCUGGUGCUGGUGGUAAUUCCAGCGACAACCAUGGUAAUGAAAUGAACAAAGUAAAUGGCUAUGUAUCAACAGAGGUGGAUUUUCAAGGAUUCAACAGUGGAUUCUAUUCGCUUGGGGCACAAGUAAGUCGAAAAUCGAGCUAUGGAGAGAACUCAAGGUUCGUUGGCUAUGGAGAUCAUCUGGUGGAUGCCGCAGCUUCUUUCAAUAUGAACAGGAAACGUGAAAAUGGAGAUGCUAAUAACAAUAGACCUAUGGCUGCUCAUAUUCAUCAUGGGGUUGAAUGGUAGAAAAUAAUAUAUUGAAAAAAUAAUAUUAUAAUAUCUAUUGUAAGUCCAUUUCCUUUCCUUUCUUCUAUUAAUAUUAAUUUUAUAGUCUAGUCUAUAUAUAUAUAUAUUAUGGAGUUCUUGGAGGUUCUCUUGUGAUCAAUACAAAAGGAGAGAAUUUCCAUAUAAGUUCAUCUGAGAGAGAUAUAUGUAAUUCUAUGUAUUAAAGGCCAUACAUGAUGUUUUAUCUUUUUAAA